ACUCUGGAGUCGCAAUCAAAACAAGAGGGAGACACGCCUUCUUUAUGGUUUACGCCGCAGCCCCGCUGCUCUAAUUUGGAGGUAUCUUCGUGCACGCAGAGUCUCCCUGCCAGUUUGGGAGACAUGAGCUUUCGGUUGGUGGAGUUUUAAAUAAAAAAAGAAACAAAACAAAACACCCAACACAUCACACAUCGACAUGCCCAACCAGAAAAGCAACAAGGGGAAGAAGAAUAAACGCACUAACAGCAGCGGAGAUGAGCAGGAAAAUGGAGCCAGUGCAGCAGCAGCAGCGGCGGCGGCGACGGCAACGGUAACGGUAGCGAUUGCUCAGUCCUCCACGGCGGCACAGCAGGGCGCAACGGCCGCACUCCCUAAUGAAAACACGAACGACGCCACAUGUGCCACCCCUCUAGUCUGUAGUUUGGGAAGACCCAUUGAUCUCGAGAAGGACGACUGUCAGCGAGUGGUCUGCAAUAAUGAGCUGUGCCCUUAUGGGAACUGGAUGCAUCUCCAGUGCUUCUUUGAAUGGGAGAGCAGCAUACUGGUACAAUUCAACUGCAUUGGCCGGGCACGCAGCUGGAACGAAAAGCAGUGCAGGCAAAACAUGUGGACUAAGAAGGGAUAUGACUUGGCCUUUCGGUUUUGCUCUUGCCGAUGCGGCCAGGGCCACCUCAAGAAAGACACGGACUGGUAUCAGGUGAAGCGCAUGCAGGACGACCGUAAAAAGAAGGUCUUGCCAGAGAAAUGCUCCGGAAAGUCCACCGGUGCUUGUGGGAGCAGCAGUGAUUCCCAAGAGGACCCAAAAAAAGGAAAACAUACUGGAGGAUGCAAACAGCCACACAAACUUAUGGGCCAUGAGCUGCCCCGACGACAAUCCGUAGAUCGACAAAACUCGCAGGAGAAAGGGGUAACCGGAUUAUCAGGUUGUGGUAAUGUUGGCCUUCGUUCUCCUUGUGAUUCACCCGGUCAGUCCCCACCGUCUGGGUUUUCCUUUUUUACUUCAAACUCCUUUUCUGGUCCACGCAGCUCUCGUCACUUAGGAGACUUUCUCAAAAAUGCUGUUCACAUGGACAGUCAUCGAAAGCACCUCUCUGUCGGUGGGGCAGUGACAAAGAACUCCCAUACAGACAAUAAUGCCAGCCUGUCCAUGCCUAGACUUGCUUCAGGGGAUGCACCAGUACAGUUCCUCCGCAGGCUUGAUAUAUCAGAACUCCUUGCCCACAUUCCCCGCCAUAAACUCAACACUUACCAUGUACGCAUGGAAGAUGAUGCCCAGGCUGGACAGGGAGAGGACCUCAGGAAAUUCAUCUUAGCAGCCCUUAGUGCCAGUCACAGAAAUGUGGUGAACUGCGCCCUCUGCCAUCGGACACUACCUGUGUUUGAGCAGUUCCCUCUAGUUGAUGGUACCCUUUUUCUUAGCCCAUCACGACAUGAUGAAAUAGAAUAUGAUGUGCCCUGUCAUCUACAAGAAGGGAGAUUAAUGCACCUGUAUGCAAUCUGUGUAGACUGCUUAGAAGGAGUUCAUAAAAUUAUUUGCAUUAAAUGCAAAUCCAGGUGGGACGGUAGCUGGCAUCAACUAGGAACGAUGUAUACAUAUGAUAUACUGGCAGCCUCGCCAUGUUGUCAAGCCCGCUUGAACUGUAAGCAUUGUGGAAAGCCAGUGAUAGAUGUCAGAGUCGGGAUGCAAUACUUUUCAGAAUACAGCAACGUUCAGCAGUGUCCUCACUGUGGCAAUUUAGACUACCACUUUGUGAAGCCAUUCUCCUCCUACAAAGUGCUUGAGGCUUAUUGACGAAAACUAGUCAAGUGGAAUAGCAAAUUAUUUUUACUAGUGUAAGUGAACGUCAAAGGAAUUAUUUAGAGGCAACCAGACGAAGGAAAAGUGUACCAAAGAGUAGAGAAUUAGCAGAAGGAAGACUAAAGAAAAGUUGAUGUUUCAGAAGUAUUUGAUGAAGCCAUUGUGAGGUAAUGCAGGAGAGGAGACAGAGAAAUUCAGUCCUGGCCACACAAUUUGGCACUCCUGCACUUCUUUCAGAAAAUGUAUCAUUUCUCCCAGGAAACUGCCACAAUUACAAAUGCUUUGGCAUUGUCUUGUUUAUUUCUUUUGUUUGCAUUGGAACGACACAAACGAGCAAAGAAAAGAAGGCAAACCUGAUCUCAUUCCACAAGGAACUCCAGAGAUGGACUGGACACAUUUUUUGUUAGCACCCACUUUGGAAACAAAAACUGAAAUCGGUCACUUCCUUGUAAUCAAGAAUGAGUCUCUUUAACACCUCUCUACUGGGAUUUUGGAUCAGUCGUCUAUAGCCAGCUGCUCCAGGUCCCCCAGAUUUGAAGGGUGCCUUCUGCCACCUGCUAUUUUGAGGUCUCUCCACAUGUGUUCUAUGGGAUUUAGAUCUGGACUCAUUGUUGGUCACUUCAAAACUCUCCAGCACUUUCUCUUAAACCAUUUCUGGGUCGUUUUUUGAAGUAUGCUUUGGGUCCUUGACCUGCUGGAAGGGCUUUGACUUCUGAUUGAGACCAAGCUGUCUGGCCCACACUGCACUCCAAAAUUCUUAAAUAGUCAUGAUGUCAGGCACGCAGUCAAGGCAUCCAGUGACAGAUGCAGCAAAGUAACCCCAAAGUAUCUGUACAUCUCCACCAUGUUUGACCAUCGGGACUGAGUUCUUUUCUUUAAAGGCCUUAUUUUGUUUUCUGUAAACGGUGCAACGUUGUGCUUUACCUAACAGCUCAAGUUUUGGUCUCAUCCCUCAACAGUAUGUUCUCCCAGAUAGAUGCUGGCUACUUCAGGUUGUUUUGACAAACUCCAUUCUGGCUUAUUCAGGGGAUCCUUGUGCAUCUCCUACCAUAGUGCCCCAUUUCAUUCAGAUGGUGAUAUAGUAGGAGACUGGUCAGCGUGAAUUAGUUUGGAAGUUGAUUGAGGUUCUUUAUCCACCAUUUUUAACAAUUCUACAUUUCAAUCUUCAAUCAGUUUUUCUCUUCCGUCCACGUGCAGGGAGGUUCAUGACAGUAAACUUGUUUAUGACAUUAAGCACAAUGGACACAGAAACAUUAAGGUCUCUAGAGAUGGACUUGGAACCUUGAGAUUGUCCAUACUUUUCCACAAUUUUGGUUCCCCAAUCCUCUGACAAUCUUUUGCUGUCGUUUCUAACUCUCCAUGCUCAGUGUGGUCCACACGGCCGCAAAGAUCGCGUCAACUUUUCUCUAUUUAAACGGGUUGCAAAGCACUUGUUACUUGCCACGGGCGAGUUUAAAUACAAACCAAAGGACCAUCACAUGACUGAAAUUCAGUUAUUUCCUUGCAGGUUUGAAAAGGUUCCUAUAAUUUUUCCUGUGCAUUUUGUAUGUCUGUGUGGAAUUUGACUUCUUGCCUCUGCUUUUUUGUGUUGUCCCAAUGCAAACCAAAGAAAUAAAAAGUGUGAAUGUUCAGACAUUUGUAACUCCAGCAAUUUUUCUGAGAGUGGUGGUUCAUUUUCUGAAAUAAACGCUAGGGUGCAUGUAUUUUUGGUAUUGACUGUCCAACCGAGAAAUAAACACAAAAGUUAUUAUUGCCUUUCAGUGUUACAAAAUUAGAACAUUUAGUUGAACUUCACAGUUUUAUAUGUUCUGAUUGUUCUUAUUUUCAGCAAAUUGUGGUGGAAUCCUUUGGUCUCUUAAUGCACGCCAGCCCCCUAACGUUUUUACCCCAAAAAACAAGUGGAACAAAGGCAGUUAAAGAUGAUUGCUCGGUGUUGCACACUGAGGUCACCUGUAAGGACUGUGACAGCCGUCCAGUACCAUUGGGCCACACUUUCCACAAAUAAAAUAAGGUCAGAAACAUCUGUGUGCAGGGUUCAAAGCACGAAUGAAUGUAAGGAAAGUUAACCAGCAGAGAGAGAAGUCAAGCUUGACUACUUCGCUCCUGACAUUUUCUUCAUACCAUGUAAAUCAAUCCAUUUCAUAGUGUUGGGGAUUUUCAGUUAUUAGUAAUAUUUUUGUUUGAGAACAUGACAAAAGGAAGAAACUUAGCCUUGCUGAUCAUCAUCAUGUUAAUUAUAAUUGCUUACUUAUUUCAUUUAGUCCUUGGGGAAGCGGGUUUUGCCAUCCUUUGGUCAGCCAUAGCAUUGUGCAGUUGACUGCGUAAAUGUGCACUUCUGUCCAAAAUGACAUCUGGGUCCACAUGCUUUGGGAGUUGUGAAUGUUUGUUAAAGAGGCACUGAACUUUGAUGAUGUGUUAGUGUGGAAUGGACGAUUAUGAAGGUCAUUUGCAUUUUAUCGAUUUUUUUUUUGCCAGUAAGCAACUGAAACAGUUAACUCAAUUCUUCUUAUUUCCCCCUAGCCCAGAUUUUGCUUGUUUGAAGGAGCAGUGCCAAAGAAACUUAACCUUUAUCUUGUAUAAACUGAUACAUUAACCUGUAUUCUUUUAAAAUACCCAAAGAGGUUGGUCGUGAUAUUAAUGAGAUUGAUAUUAAAGGGAGUUGUUGCAUCUUCCUUGCAUCAUGUCGGCCGGUGAAAUGGUCUUCUGUGAGGACGGACAGUCAGUACUUUGAUUACAACUUUUUUUGGCUCUCUCAUAAAUGGUAAUCAUUCUCAUUAAUUUCGUGACGGGCCUCAUAUGUCUCUUAUACUUGAGGUUAGUUUUGUCUUGGGACCAAAGUCUUUUUCAUUUAAAACGUUGGUAAACAAUCAAUGAGUAAGUCAGGCUUUCUAGUUUACAUUAUCUAGCUGAAUGAAAUGAAAGCACACUUGAAGACACUUGAGCUCUGAGUCAUAAAUAGGAACUGAAGUAGCAGUGAGGGAGCUGAAAAUUGAAACUGAUGCUCGAGAAUAAACGGCCUUAAAUUGCGUCAUGGCAGUUUUUUUUUUAUAAACUGCAGCAAGUUCCCCUAAUGAAAAUGCAAAUGGCCUUCUUUGUGGCACACAAGCAAAGUAUGGUGUUCCUCUCAACCUAUGUACAUAAUUUCCCAUUAAAAGAUAUUUAUUUUAAUGCCCUUCAGAAGGCUGUAUGAUGUUGAAAAGGUUAAUAUUUAUAUAAAGACCUUGCUUUUAAAGCCUC